AUGCGUCUCUCCUACAAGCUUGCUGUUACCCAAAUUUUGAGCCUGCUUCACAGCAGUGCUGCUGUACUUCUAAGUCCGCAAGAUCUUCCCCACGUCGUGAGCACCAACUACGACUUCAUCAUUGUCGGAGGUGGUACUGCCGGAAAUGUUGUCGAAAAUAGGCUUACCGAGAAUCCAAACUUCAAUGUGCUUGUACUCGAAGCUGGUCCAAGCGAUGCUGGGGUUUUGGCCCUCCAAGUUCCAUUCUUGAACCCUACCACGAAUCCUCGGACCCCUUGGGACUGGAACUAUACCACAGUAGCUCAGCCAGGACUGAAUGGAGCCUCAGUCGGUCUCCCUCGCGGUCAUGUGCUAGGUGGAACGAGCUCCAUCAAAGGGAUGGUCUACGCCCGGGGAUCCAAAGCUGACUUCGACCGCUAUGCGAACUUCACAGGAGACGAAGGCUGGUCAUGGGACAACAUGCUGCCCUAUUUUAAGAAGAGUGAGAAGUUCACCCCACCGUCAGAUCGCCACAACACCACGGGGCAGUUCGACCCCAUGGUGCAUGGAUUUGACGGUCUGAACUCCGUCAGUCUGCCCGGCGCCUCCACCGUCCUCGGUGGCCGCUUCGAGGUGGCAAUUGAUCAAUUGGGUGGGGAGUUCAUGCGCAAUUUGGACUUAAAUUCAGGAUCGCCGCUUGGCUUCGGGUGGAUGCAGGCCACGAUUGAUGGUCCAUCGGCUAGUCGUAGUAGCUCUUCGUCAGGAUACCUUGCACGAGAGUUCUUGCUCAGACCGAAUCUCCACGUUUUGGUCAACGCACAAGUGUCACGGGUGACUAGUGAGGGAAGUCAAGAUGGAGUUCCAGAAUUCAAAACGGUAGAAUUCCGCGUGAACGGCGGAGGUGACUACGUUUCUUUCUUCUUGCUCUUCUGUUUGUUGAAAUGUGACAUAGGUUCCCUCUUUACCGCGAGCGUCAACAAGGAGGUCAUCCUUUCGGCUGGGACAAUAAACACACCGCAAGUGCUUAUGAACUCGGGAAUUGGUAGCCCGUCGCAUCUCAAUUCGCAUGGUAUCCAAUCCAUCGUAGACCUCCCAGAUGUCGGCGAAAACCUAUUUGAUCAUGCCCUCAUUACGCUUUACUGGCGCGUCAACUCCAACGAGACGUAUGAUGACUAUAGACGCAAUUCGACUCGGCAAGACGAGGCGCUUCAGGCGUGGAAGGAUAUGCGCCAGGCACCGGAGUCUCGCAGCAUGUGGGCUUCGUGCGUGCUCUCCGCACUUCGAAAUAUUCCUCACGGUGAGUGCCCUAGCUUUCAUGCAAACUUUGGCGCAUUAAAACACGAGCAGAAUUUCCGCCUAGGACCCACCCCGCCUGCAGGAAAUUACCUAAGUAUCUCGGCCCUCUUAAGUAGCCCGGGCGACAAUGCGCGAGGCUCGGUCAAGCUUAAUUCCAGCGACCCAUUCUCCAUUCCGCUCAUCGACCCAGGAAUACUCGCUGAUAACGCUAUAGACCUCGCGCUCAUGCGUGAGGCUGUCAAGAGCGUUCUCCGCCUCGUCUCUGCUCCCGCUUGGGGGGAUUACAUAUUAGGCCCUGAAGACUCGACCCAGCCCGGGUUCAAUGCAACAGAUGCUGAAUUGGACGCGUUCAUCAGGGGCAACACACGUGCUGGUUACCAUCUCGUUGGAACUUCAAGCAUGACGAGGAAGGGGGCAGAAGCAGGUGUCGUUGACCCAGAUUUGAGGGUCAAGAAAGCAGCAGGGUUGCGGGUCGUCGACGCCUCGGUGCUGCCUUUUGUACCAACUGGACAUACCCAAGCUCCGACGUAUGCGUUGGCUGAGCGAGCUGCCGAUUUGAUCAAGGCGAUCCAUUCCCUGUAA